AUGAGCAUACCUCGCAGUACAAAGCAGAGUAGCCCUCUCUCAAGUCGACACCGUUCAGUGACUAACGUAACUCCAUUAUUAACACCGAGACAUAGCCAUGAUAACUCAAGUACCCAAAUAUCAAGUAUGAAGAACACUACGUCAAGUAGUCCGUCUACAAUCAUGAACGAAAGUUCUAAGAGAAACAAGCAAAACCUGGUCCUUUCAACCUCAUUCAUAUCUACCAAAAAACUGGAAAAUAGUGCACCUUCACCGACCAGUCCCCUACAAGCAAGACGAACGAGAAGCACAAUGACCAAAGCGCUCCUUAGUCUCAAAUCAGAAAUAAACAACCAGUAUCAAGAGCUGGCCCGACUGCGCAGGAAGAAAGAUGAUUUGGAGCAUCUUCGGGAUUCCACAAUAUCUGAUAUCUAUUCUGGAUCUUACUCCACAGAUCAUUUACAAAAGCACUCAAUGAGGAUACGGGCUAAUACACAACUUAGGGAAAUUGACAACUCAAUAAAAAGAACCGAGCGACAUCUUUUUGACCUCAAACAACAAUUCGACAAGAAAAGACAAAGAUCCCUUACAACAUCCAGCUCGAUAAGGGCUGACAUAGGGAGCAUCAGAAAUGAUGAUCUUCAAAAUAUCGACAGCGAAGAAUCAGACGGCCACAAUAGUUUGGCAGACCAAAUCACUCUUGAUGAUGAGUAUCUAACCACUCCUACUUCUGCAACUGAGCUCAAUAGUCAGCAAAAUUUAAAUCGCCAUGGUACGAUAAAUUCCCAAAAUAAUGAGAAUCUUUCCACUCUUUCUGUUUCAAAUAAUGACGAUCCAAAUAGGGGGAAUUUAAAAGAUAAUAAAAUGGAAAGCGAUCACGGAGGCAUUGACAACGAAAAUCAAAUCUUUAAAUCCACAACGACUGAGGCAGCUACAUGGCUCGUAAGCGACUAUAUGCAAAGUUUUCAAGAAAAAAAUGUAAAUCCUGAUUUUAUUGCUCAAAAGGCAAACGGCCUAGUGGUUUUAUUAAAAGAGCAUUCCGAAAUAAGAAAAGAUUUAGUGCUAACUUCGUUUAUGUCAUCAAUCCAAAACCUGCUUCUUAAUGAAAACAAACUUAUAGCAGCAUCCGCUUACAGGGUAUGCAGAUAUUUAAUUAAUGGUUCAAGUUUUAUUGAUGAACUGUUGGAAUUGAGGUUAGAUGCAUUCAUUAUCAUUUCCUUAGCAAAAGAUAACUCUUUUCAAAUUGAAAGAGAACAGGCAUUGAAACUGAUACGAAGGUUCAUCGAAUAUAACACUGGUAUAACACAGGGAAUUACGCAAGCCAUUAUCAGUUGUGUUGAAAAACCUGAAGACUCUUUGAGGCAUAUGGCUUUGGAAACGCUAUUAGAGCUUUGUUUUGUCGCACCAGAAAUGGUUAAGGAAUGCCGUGGUAUGAGAGUGAUCGAGGGAUUUCUACAAGAUUACAAUUCUUUCUCACUAGCGUGUGUGAUACUGGACACUGUUUUACAAUUGAUGGCUACUCACAAAACAAGACAACAUUUUUUGAAAGAUUUUAAUGUAUCUGUAUUAACCACAGUUUUCUCCGAUACAAACACAAAAUCAACCGUUAAUGUCGAAAAAAUGCAAAACGCCUCUACACUUAUUUCGAUCACAUUAAAUAGUUAUAAUGGAUUCAUGCUUUUUUCUAACGACAAUUUCAAACCACUUAAACAAUUGGUAUCUUUUUUUCAAAUUCCAAUAUGCGCCCUGUACCUCAUUGACAUUUUUCUAGAUGUUUUGAAAAUCAAACCAUUGCCAUACAAAUCAAAAAGCAGGCACUCUCAUGCUUUCAAACCGAUUCCUUCCCAAUACUACAAAGAAUGUAUGUCUGUGAACCAAAGACUAGCACUAAUUGUGUUAAUUCUUGACAAUUCAGGAUUCGUCUCCCAUCUUCUUGAACUCUUGAAUGAUGAGGAUAGAGAUGACAACCUGGUGGCAAAAGGCAGAUACCUACUUACCGAGUACUUUAAUCUCAGAAUGAACCUAGUCGAUAAUAAGUACACCUCGGUGUCAAGACCAAUUUCCAAGGAAAACUUCACUUACGUUGACGAAACAUUCCAAUUCAGGAAGAUCGCCUAUCGAAUGAAUAGAAAUAGAAAUACAAUUGGAAUGUCGGAGAUUGAUUACGUCCAAAACAUAAAGGCAUUCUCUAAAACGGUCAAAGAGAACACUCUUCUUCGCGAAGUAGAUGAUUUUCGAUUUAGAAGAAUGGUUUAUGACUCUAAAGUUUUGCAAACAAAAGACUUCACACGAUGGAAUUGGAACAUAAUAAACGAACUACUCGAAGGACCGCUAUUGAAUAAGAAACAGUUGGAAGAAUUAGUGAAAUCAACCAAGUUCAUUAGAAGAUUAUUGGUGUUUUAUAGACCACUUAGGUUAAGAUUUUCUAAUGUUAAUAGAGGCGCAAAAUUGUCUCAAAAGUAUGUUCAAGUUGGAUGUCAAUUUUUUAAAACUUUAACGGCAACGCCAGAAGGUAUAAAAAUUCUUAUGGAUGAUACCAAAAUCAUACCGCAAUUGGCAUCUCUAAUGUUUAGAGCCAUGGAGGGAAACAUAUCAGGAAAUAUCUUCGACAAAAACACGUUAAAGGAGAAAAUGAUAUAUGGAUAUUUCAAAUUUAUCGGAAUUCUGACGCAAUCAACGAAUGGGAUUCAUGUUUUAACAAGGUGGAAUUUUUUUACUGUGAUUUACAAAAUGUUCCAAUUUGAAUCGAAACUGGGGCUCGAAUUUUUAUUAUUAACUAUACCUGAGUUAGAUUUAAAGUAUUCAUCACAUUGCCGUGCCAUUAUGGGCAAAGCCCUUGUUGUUGCAAAUGAAAAAGUUAGAAUCAAGGCCACAAAGCAUAUUGGUGAUAAACUAAAGGAAUUAUUAUCUAUCAAAGAAUGUGAUCUCAAGUUAAGAGCAAAUAAAACUAGAUUACAGCAAUAUAAAAUGGAAAUGUUAACAAGACAAUUAUACGAUUUAAGCCCGAGUGUAGUUGCUGUAGCUGACCAAGCUCUAUAUGAAUGUAUUGUUGCAGGCAAUGGUUCCGAAGAGUUAGGUACCUCAUUUAGGAUGUUUUUGAACCAAAUGGUGUUUAUCAGGUCACCAAUACUUUUCGAAUUAUUGAGUCGGCCAUACGGGUUUCAGUUGUUGAAUGAAAUAAAUUUCGUGAAGGAAGAAAGAGAUUCAUGGCUGUCCAAAAAAAACGUAGAAUAUGUCCAUAUUGUGGAAGAAUUCUUGAAAAAAAAUCAAUCAAUUAAUGCGAAAUCCCUUACCUUUCAACAAAAGGGUAGGUUACCGCUACAUUUCUAUGAAAGCUUGACAAGGACAGAAGAUGGAAUUUUGCUAUUAAGUCAAACAGGUGACUUAGUUUCUUUCAUGAAUGUUAUAAAGAGAUAUGUUAACGGAGGUAGUAUGGCAACGAUGGAAGAUGCUAAAGAAAUUAUGGAUUUGAAAGCUGCGUUGUGGUGCGUUGGGUUCAUUGGAUCCACAGAAUUAGGGAUAGGCUUACUAGAUAACUAUUCGUUAGUAGAAGAUAUUAUCGAGGUGGCAUAUAAAGCUAGCGUAACCACCGUUAGGUUCACCGCAUUUUACGUCCUUGGGUUAAUUAGCAUGACGCGCGAAGGGUGCGAAAUCCUGGACGAAAUGGGGUGGAACUGUUGUAUCAGCGUACAAGAUGAACCUAUCGGGAUUGCACUGCCAAACCGGCUUGAUAGGUUCCUAUCAUAUAACGAAAAUAAAUGGUCAACGUUUGGUGAGUAUACAGACGAAAUGAUUGUUUUCGAUAGAAACAAUGGUGAUCUGGCUGAAAAGAGCUCACCUAUAGAGUUUGAUUUGGAUAAAUUAUUGAGCGAGAAAAAUACUGCAGAGAAUCCAUUGAAUGAAAGAAUCACCGGCGGUAAAUAUAACAAGGAUAUCACAAGCCAAAGCAUUACUGUUUCGGAUGAAAACAAUAGUCUUUUCGCGAACGAGAGCCUUCCUUCGCCCUACGUAGGACAGUAUCGCAAUGACGAGGACUCCAUUGAGCGUAAAGUGCUGCAUAUAGUGAGUCAAUUGGGCAACCACAUCCUUUCGAACCGCGCAGUAAAGGAAAUCACAGAAAUAAACGAUAAGUAUGGUCCGAGGCUCUUUGAAAAUGAGAGGAUGUUUUUCAAAGUGUUCAAUAUGAUGUCUAAGUAUCGGUUCAAGCCGCAUGUCAGAAAGUUCCUUUGCGGGUUAUUCAUCAACAAUAGAGCGCUUGAAAAUGUCAUCAAGCAUGAUAACAAGAGAGACAAAAGACCAACAAACUUAACACAUUAG